AUGAUUGACGAGCAGCACCAUCCGAAACUGACAGACUGUCAAGCCCGCCUGCUACCCCUGGGUUAUUUCAGCCUGGAAUUUCUGGCCCAGCGAGAGCAGUCAUUACUUUCUCCCCCGAUGGAUUUCUCCAUAGAGGCUUUGGAGGAGGAGAAAAAGAGAGAUCAGCAAGCUUUCUUUCUGAAAGCCAUGAGACGAGGCAGCUUUGUGGGCUGUGCCUGCAUCGGGCUCUGCCUGUGUCUCCACGGCAGCUCCAGUUGCGUGUAUUUAUCCAAGUGGCAGUGCGGUGGCCGGGAGCCACCCCAGCGAGGCCCCGAGCGUUGCUGGGAAUUCAUCUGCAUCCCGUUUCUGGUGCCCAGAGAGGGGACCAGGGCUCAUCCCGCCGGAAUCCAUCGGGGAGGCGCACCCAGCCCAGUCGGCCGCAGGGACCCCGCAGAGGUCUGCCUCCAACCCACCCCAGCCCCUCACUGUGGCUGGAGGCUCCGGGUAGCGGGCUGCUUCCUUCUCCCUGGGGAGGACCCCGAGAGCCCCCACGCUGCUCGGAGGUCGGCCCGGGGUCUCUGGGCAAGGUCAUCCCGGCACGCGAGUUCCCGCCCCUCCUGGAGUCCCGGACUUCCCCCAUCACAAAAGGCACCCUCUGCCUCCGCCGUGGCCAGCGUCAGCGGGCAGAGCGGGGACCCUCCCGCGCCAUCCCUGGGGACUGCCUUGUCCUCCCCCUCUGCCUACCCUGCCCGCCCGGCGCGCCCACAUCAAGGGGGUCUUAUGCACGCUCCCUCACUUUUGGCCAACGUAAGGGUCUCGGAUCCCGCGGCCUCCUCCGGUGAGGCUCCGACGCCACCCGCAAAGCCCAGCCUUCGCGAGGGCGGGGUUCGGAAAGCGGCUGGUAGCUGCAGGGCCCGGGUCGCUGCCCGGGAACGCAGGACGGGAGGUCUCUUAUGGACACAGCGUCACCCCCACCCCCGCACGAUCACUGCGGGGAAAGCCAAGAAGAGGAAGGGGCUCCCGGGUCUGAACCGCUCGCUCGGGGCACAGGGCGCUGCUGGGCACGCGAAGAAACUGACUCAGUGUCCUCUGAGAAUAACGUGUUCGACAUUCAAGUGACAGCGCUGGAAAGGAUUUCAAAGCCCUGGAGCCCCAGCCCGCUCUGCACCUUGAUGGCUCUUCUGCCUGCCCUCUCUUUGGCUUCCAAAUGCAGCAAGUUCUUUCUUUACUUAAAAUAUGUUCAUCUUUUACACAGGUCCUGGCUGUCCACAGAAACACAGCCCAGAUAAGCAGGCUCUUCUAAAUUUGAACCAGCCCUGCUGGUACAAAGUUCCAAGCUGCUAAGGUCCCCAAGUAUACUACCCAGAGUUUUUUUUAAUGGAAAAACCAGGGAGCAGAGAGGUGCAAGGUCUUGUCCCAAGCCAAAACCGGCUUUUCUGAUGUUGACAUUGUUUGACUGGCUCAGGCUGGCUUUCCAUGAGAAAAAAAUGGUAAACAGGCAGUAAUUUAAUAAAACGGACAUGGUUUAAGUUGUAAGCAGUAUCCGAGCCUUUGGGACAUGGCAUGGUGCUGAGCAGCUAUUUUGUAGAGGUUUGAAGUUAAGGGGCAAAUACUCAGGAAAAUCUCAGGAAGAUGAGAGAAUAAAAGUUUUACAAAAUGAUAGAAGCAAAUGGUCUUUCAUGCCUAAACUUUCAGUUUUGUUUUUAGUUGAGCCUUCUUUCUAGUUUGAAAUAGAAGCCUUUUUAAAAGCAAGUAACUUUUUGGCCAGAUAUAUUAGGAUAUAUCCAUAUAAUACCAUAGAACCAAUUUUUAACAAGUUCUUAACUGAUAUGAAAGGAUUUGCAAGAUACAUUACUGAGUAACAAGCAAAUAUAUGACUAUUUGAAUGAGAUGAAAAAAUCAAAGGAGAGUAUAUAUACGUAUUUGUAUAGCAGUAGACUAUCUCUGGACAAACAUUGCUUUUGGGGAUGCACUGGGAAGACAGAGGGAGGGGACUGUCCUCUCUUUAUCUAAAUCCUCUGUCUGUUUUUAAACGAUGUAAAUUAAUUA